ACGACAACGUUAUGACGUCAUUAUCGUAAGGUGUAGAAUAUGUGUCGGUAAAUAAAACAUCCAUGGCAAAUAGUGUAGCAUUGAUUGCCAAUUUCUAAACUACCUUUAAUUGCUCCCUUUUAUAUAUGUAUAUGGGUAGUUAUAAUAUGUGUAUAAGACAAUUGAAUAAUGGAGCGCGAUUGCAAAGAUGCCAACAUAAAGGAACGUAGCUAACGCUAACUAGCUAUAUGUUGCUCGCUGUAUUCUUACAUUUUGCACAGAACUGAUCUCUAUAGUUUAACGCUAACAUUGGCUACAGCUUGUACUUGAAAUUUAUCCACAAAGAUUUUUGUGCAUACAUUACAUUCAGAGCUGCGUGGGGGGUCAGCUUGUAUCCUUUGGCAAUCAAAGCUUCAUUCGUGGAAAAUGUCAGCACAAAAAGACUGCGAGUUUUUGGUGAAAAGAGCCCGAGAGCUGGUCUCUGAUGAUCCUUGUGCUGCCAAAGCCUGGCUCAUAACCGCCAGAACCCUUUACCCUGCAGACUUCAACAUACAGUAUGAAAUGUACAUCAUUGAACGCAAUGCAGAAAGGACCUCUGCAGCAGGUAUGCGUGUGUAUGACAUGUUUAUAAAUUUUCCCGAUCAGCCCAUUGUGUGGCGGGAGAUCAGUGUCAUCACAGCUGCCCUGCGCAGUGACUCUCAAGACAAGCAUGCACAGUUUCUGCGAGGGCUUUUUGAGACGCUGCCUGGCCGUGUGCAGUGUGAGAUGCUGCUGAAAGCCACAGAGCAAUGUUUCAACACUUUGGAGAAGGCAGAGAUGCUGCUGCUCCUUCUGAAACGCUUUCCGGAGUCUGUCGUCCAACACGGGGUUAAUUUAGGAGAGACACUGUUGGAGGCGGAGGUAUCUGAGAAUGUGGAGACUCCUGUCAACUGCUUCAGAAAACUUUUUGUGUGUGAUGUCCUUCCUUUGGUCAUCAACAACAUGGACAUGCGCCUGCCAGCCAGCCUCCUGCAGAAGUACAUGCUGAAAGCAGCUGAAUUCUAUAUUGGUUAUGUUACUCGUGGACCCUCACCUGAUGUACAGAUACAGGCCUCUCAAGACGGUGGAUCUCUGAAAUCUCCCAGUAUGUCCCGUGGCUCCCAGCGUUAUGUGAUUGAUGGCCUGUCAGAGAAGUCAUCAAUGGUAGCAGAACCUUGGGAGAGGCUGUUAGAUAUCCUCGCUGUGAUUGGAGCUCGCUGCGAGUGGCAGGGAGACAAGGGACAGAGGAGUUAUGUGGACAUGCUGCAGAGAGUGAAGGAGCUGUGUCGCUACCUGCCUGGUCUGGAAGGAGACACAAGGGCUCGUUGCUGCAGUCAAGUGGUCAUUUGUGCUGCGCUCGUCCUCUUCCGCAGUGCCUUUCUUUAUGUCUCAGCUGUACAGCCUUCACUGUUCCAGGGUGUGAAUGCAUUGAGUUUGGGGCCGUGGAUCCUUGUGGAGGAUUUGUGUUCGGUGUACAGUGAUGCGGAGUUAGAGAGAGGAGCAUUGAAACAUGGGCAUAAGAAACGUAAACUGGCUGAUGGGAGAGAGAAGACUAUGAGCUCAGAUGAUGAGGAAGGGCUGGGGAAAGGCCGCGGUCGACACAUUUUAGUGAAUAAAACAGAGAUGCCCAGCUGGUCAGAGACUUUGGAGAGCUUUCGCGUAGCGAGGGACAGCUGGGAUCUUCUUCACUCUCACGAUGGCCUGGAAACUGAGUUCAAGAAGAUCUGUGCCUCAUGGAAGACAGAUAGCUGGUUGUGGUUCCGAAUAUUCCUCACUGACAUGAUUAUUUACCAGGGACAAUACCAUAAGGCUCUCUCCAGCCUGCACCAGAUGGCUGCAGUGCAUCAGUCUCAGCUUGGGCAGCAGAGCCCCUCUGGUCCAGCCAGUCUGGAGCACCACAGAGCCCUCAUACAACAGGCCUCUUGCCACUACGCACUGGGAGAGUACAGGAUGGCCUGUGAGAAGCUCCUCGAUGUUGUCGGUGGACUGGUACCCCCAGUCCAAGAACCAACAAAGAUGCCAGAAGAUCAGGGCCGAGUCAAGACCAGGACAAGGAAAGGCAAUGACCUGAGAUUGCUUCCCUGCACCAGCAAAGCUGUGUUACCUUUCUGUCUCCAGCUGAUGCUGGCCUGCUUUAAGCUCCGCGCCUUCACAGACAAUCGUGACGACCUGUCCCUUGGUCAUGUGGUGGUGCUCCUGCAGUAUGACUGGCCACAGGGCGAGAUGCUGUUUUUAAAGGCUGUGGAUAAAAUAUGCCAGCAAGGCAGUUUCCAAUAUGAGAAUUUCUUCAACUAUGUCACCAACAUUGACAUGCUAGAGGAGUUUGCAUACUUGCGUACUCCAGAAGGAGGGAGGAUUCAGCUAGAGCUGCUGCCCAACCAGGGGAUGCUGAUCAAACACCACACAGUGACACGAGGAAUUACCAAAGGAGUGAAGGAGGAUUUCCGUCUGGCCAUGGAGAGGCAGGUGUCACGCUGUGGAGAGAACCUACUCAGUGUCCUUCAUCGUUUCUGCAUCAAUGAGAAAAUCAUCAUCAUCCAGUCUCUUCCUUGACACGUGGCCUGUGACUUUUUAACUUAUUCAUAGUUGAUAUUCAGACAUAGUUUUAACUGGACUGAAUUAAUGACCGUGGCUGUUGUCUCUCAGUACUGGACACAUGACUUCUAGUUCUCCUGUGUUUAUCAUCAAUCAUUGAACUUAUAAAAGAAAAAGUCUUCUCGCCUUAAAAGUGGAUCUCUUUUCAGAGUUGGAGAGAACACGCAUUUUCUAAUCAUAUAGCAUUUUAAUAGUGUGUGUGCAGUUACUGGUGUCAACCACAUAUGAAGUGGUUUAAUCAUAUUGUGAUCUUUUGUGGAUGUCUGUAUUGAUAAAAGAAUCAAGUGCAGUUUUGAUACCG